AUGGGGGCCACUUGUGACGGACACGUUUUCCAGUUUAAGUGCAUGACCCGAACCUGUGUCACCCGAGAACGCCUAACUGGAGUGUUCAACGCAGGUGGAAAAGCAUCCGCUCCACGCCCCAGUCCCGCAUUCUUACCGCCGCGAAAACAAGGAAGGUCAAGGCGGCGUCAGGCCGGGCCACCGCACUGCACGCGGGCGGAGGGUCAGACCCCCAGCGCCCCUGGCACCACCUCCUGCCCCUGGGCUCGGUUUGUUCCGUUUGCCCAGAGGGCUGAGCCGAGUCACCCGCACAAGAAAACCCGGUUCAAGCCCGCGCACCAGCAGCUCCUUCCCCGCCACCCCGCACGCUCCCCGUCUCCCCCAUGCCCGCUGCGGCGCCGGGCCCGCUCGGGAGGCCGGCCGGGCCCCUCUCCUGUCCGCGUCGGUCGUGAGGACUCGAACACGCUCCGGCACGGCUCAAGGAGGCCCUCGGUCCCGCGGCGGGGGCACCUCGGCCGCGCGCGCUCGCAGCAGGGCUGGGAGGCGCCGGCCCGACGCCGGGUUUUCCGGCCGGGCUGCGGGCUCGUGCGGGGGAAGAGACACGGCCGGCGGGGAAGGGGCGAUCCGCGAGUCCGGACCUCCCCACCCCGCACACUCCCUGCCGUCCGCGCCUCCUUCAUCGCCGCGCACGCGCUCGGUGUCGCCGCCGGAGGUCGGCGCGGCGGUGUCCCCGCGCUCGGAAGCCAGCGGGACACCCACAACCAGAACUUUCUCUCGCGCGCGGACGCGGCGUCUGCCCGCAGCAGCGGGCCCGGAGGGGACGCACGCAGGGCUCCGGGGGACGGCGCUGCGGUCCACCGACCUGCACACCGCGGGCGCACGGAGUGCCCGAAAGUAGAGCGAGUCCCGCCGGGAACACUGCGGGGACGCUGGAGGAGCACCGCGCGGGCGUCCCGCACGCUAAGCGCGCCCGCAAGUCCCACAGCCGCGUCGUCCCUGCUCCACCCGCACCGCGUCCGGCUUCCUGCGCGGGACCCGCCACGUCGUCCACGCGCUCCGGGACAGCCGGCCCCGAGCCCCCUCCCCGCACACGGGAACCGGCACCGGCCUCUGGGACCACAGGCACCCCCGGCCGCCCCGGGUUCUGCUCCCGGCGCCGAGGCGGCCCGCGGGGAGUGGACCCGGCGGGGAGUGGACACGGCGGUGAGCCCGGCGGCUGACCGAGAGCCCGGGUCCCCUCGCCCCGCCGCGCCCCUGACUCGGCGUCCCCACGGGGAACCGCUGGACCCACGCAGCGGGGGCUCUCGGCGGCCGAGGAGCGCCGCCCUCCCCGCCCCCACGCCCACUCCGCCCGGCGCCAACAAAGGGGGGUCGCGCCGCGCCAAGUUUCGCUCCAGGGUCGUGUCGCUGGGACCCGGCGACGACUUGGGGGUCACUCCCGUCGCGCCCGCGCCCCCUCGGCGGCGCCGGUUCCCCGCUCCCCGCCCCUCCCCCCCGGCCGGACACGCGCCCCAAGUUACCACAAAGGGCCGGGGAGGGGGUCCCGGAGCCGCGCGCCGGCCCGUCCCGCCUUCGCCGGGCUCCGCGUUCUCCAGCCAGCCGCGGCACCGCCGUCAACAGGUCUUCGCCGCCUCCGGGCGGGAGGACGACCCCGCGCUCGCGCCGCCCUUCCCCUGCAACCUGCCCGCCGGCGCCCCGCGCCCCCCUGCCCGGCGCCCUUCCCGCGCGCCCCAGCCGGAGUGGGCUCCCGCCGGCCGAGGCCCGGCACCGCGCGGCCGCUCCUUACCUCCCGCGCCGCCGCAGUCGGCCGCGCUGCUCGUCCUCCGGGCCCGCCGGCUCCGCCCCCGCACGGAAAGUUGCAGGACGUCGGCGCGGACUCCGCACCCCCGGCCGCUGCCCGCCCGCCCCCCGCGCAGCCCGCCCCGCUGCCUCCCGCGCGGCCGGAGCGCUCACUGGCGCGGCGGGGCUGCCUGCGCGGGCCUCGGGCGGGGCCGGCGGGACGCGGGGCGCCCCCUGUCGGCCGGCGGGAGUGCUGGUGGCAGCGCGGGAUCCCCGCCAGCGGGACCGGCUGCGGGUGCUGACAGCCUUCCGCGUGCGGGCGGGUGCGGGCGGAGGGGCCGAGGGGCCGAGGGGGACGCGGGAGAACCGGCCCGGAGAGCGGAAGCCUUUCCCGACCGGCGCCGGGACGGAAGCGAAACCACGCCCCCCCCACGCCUCUCCCCCCACCUUCCCUGGACACCACCCCCCCCCGCCCCAGCGAGGCUGCGCCCUCCCGGUGCGCUCCGGUCCCGCCCCGCCGUGAGACACGCGACCCGCCGCCACCGGCACAUGCCCAUCGGAGCCCAGAACUGCGCGCGGGGCGUGUGGGAGACACGGCCAGCGGCCUCCCCGCGCGGGCGGACCGGGAAGGCGCGACCCUAA